GGCAUUUCAACAUUCACACCUGCCGUCUCAUUCACAGCCAAAAUUUUAGGGUUAGGGUUUUGGAUUCGUUUAAGGUAGAGAUUUGAGAUUGAAGAUGAGUUCCACGGGAUCAACCAAGGGAGGUAGAGGCAAGCCAAAGGCCUCAAAGUCGGUAUCGCGGUCUCAGAAGGCUGGGCUUCAAUUUCCGGUGGGGAGGAUUGCAAGGUUUCUCAAGGCCGGAAAGUAUGCCGAGCGUGUUGGAGCCGGCGCCCCCGUCUACCUGUCUGCUGUUCUUGAGUAUCUCGCGGCCGAGGUUUUGGAGCUUGCUGGAAAUGCAGCGAGGGACAACAAAAAGAAUCGCAUUGUACCUCGCCACAUACAGCUAGCAGUAAGGAAUGACGAGGAGCUAAGCAAACUAUUGGGGUCAGUAACCAUUGCUAAUGGAGGGGUUUUGCCCAACAUCCACCAGACUCUGUUGCCAAAGAAGACGGGUAAAGGCAAGGGGGAGAUUGGGUCUGCUUCCCAGGAAUUUUAGGGAGUUGUGUUAAUGGCAUCUCCUUGUCCUUUGUCUUUUUGAUAGAUAUGUAGUAUACACAUCUUCUCUUCCUUCUAUGGAUAAAGUUUUGUUCUUUUAAACUCUUUGGAACAAAAUGAAGUUCUAAGCUUUUUGAGGUGCUCCAUGUACUCUUUUGAUUCAUGGAAGACGGAGCGGUUGAAUGGGUUUUGUUAUGUGGGUAUGCCUCUCAGAUUUCUUAGCACAAUUUUGAAGAUAAGUGAUGGUCUUGAAUGGUUUUAAAAUCAAUUAAAUGAUUAGGUUGCACUGUUCAACUUUGAAAUUGAA